UUCAUUUUCUUGCUUAAAGCCUAUGAAGAAAGUAGUGGCUCAUGAAGACAGAAAAUGAGGAGGACCCUAGGGUCCCUGAAAGUUGUCAUGCAAUACAAUUACUAUUCAAAUCUCUUGAGGCAUCUGAAAGGGCUAAGGCAGAAGAAGAACUUGAAAGGACCAAAGAGAAUGAAUACACACAACGGAAUGAGCAUCAUGCUCUUCGGGACAUCACUCAUGGGAAGGUGAAUAAUUACUCCUUUGGAACACGUCAAGCGAGGAAAAUCUUUCCUCACUACUAUCCCCCAACCUGGCUGGGGAACGCGUAUCUCCCUCUUAGGGGAAUGCCCCACACAGGCCCUGGGUGUUAUGCAGCAGCAACAGACUGGAAUGGUUUGGCAUAUAACCUAUCGAAAGUCCCAACCAGUACGAAAGGCUAUGCUAUUGGAGCCAGGACAGCUGUGAGGUUUAAGCCAGUGAGCAAGGAUGUGACACCAUACCCAGGAAUGUAUCAGAAAGUUGAUAUUUUGAGUGAAAAACACAAAAAGAGCUUUGCUCCAUUUAAUAUCUUGAUGCCUCGGUUUAGGAGUGACGCAAAGUGUGAUUCUUACCCUGGCCCUGGCACAUACAAUCCAGAGAUGAAGUCAGUCCCAAAAGUGACUUGGCCAAUGAAAUUUGGAUCUCCAGACUGGUCUCAGGUUCCAUGUCUAGAGAAAAGGACUCUAAAAGCUGAGCUGUCCGCUGACAAGGACUUUAGAAAGCAUCGUAGCCGAGUGGCCUACUUUAGCCUGUAUUACAAAUGAAUGUAUUACAAAAUGUAUUACUGUCUUCAUGUGCUGUCCUGACCACAGAGUCUCCAGAAGUGAGGACAUAAUUGCUCCUGAAUUUCUUUGUUCCUGGGCCCUCUUGUCUGCCCAUUUCGUGUCCAGAGAGGGACAGGGUCUCAUUGUAACCCUCCAAAUACAUAAAGGCUGGUUCAGAAUGUUC